AUGUUCAAUCGGAUAGAUGCGAGCAAAUCAACGAAAGGUGCCAGCAAACUUCGAAGGGACCUGAUAAAUGCCGAAAUCGCCAACUUACGUGAUUUACUGCCAUUACCGCCCUCGACCCGACAGAGACUUUCUCAGCUACAGCUUAUGGCCUUGGUUUGCGUAUUUCUGCGAAAAGCCAAUUACUUUCAACAAGCCUUGAAAAACUGUCCGUCCGACUCUUCGAAUAUCCCGACCCCUAACAUAGGAUUUUCAAAAGCCAUGUCCGGAUUUAUAAUGAUGAUGACCCAACAAGGAAAACUGUUGUAUAUAUCGGAAAAUGCAGCGGAAUAUCUUGGACACUCUAUGGAGGAUCUACUUAUCCACGGGGAUAGUGUUUAUGACGUAAUAGACAAGCAAGACCAUAUGGUUGUACAAAAUCAAUUAUCUAGAAAUAGUCCAAUUCCAAGCGAUAGAAGAUUGUUUCUUUGCCGAAUCAAUGUAUCCAGGAAUUCACGGAGGCAGCUUCGUUUCGGCGAUCAAAAGGUGGUUCUUGUUGAAGGUCAUUUUUUACCUUUCGUUCCUGUUUGCAAUCGAAAUGAGUUUGUUUUUCUCGCUUCGUGUACGCCCGUUGUUUUGCCGGAAACUAGAGAAAGUAUCGUACAGGGUGCGACAAAUAUUUUCACUACCAUUCAUUCCAUGGAUAUGAAGUAUCUUCAUAUCGACAAAACGGCAGAGAGUCAUUUGGAGUACACACGUAACGAAUUGGUAAACGUGUCGUGGUAUAAUUUGUUACACUGGGAUUCAAUAAGAACUGCAUACUGUAAACAUCAAACUGUCAUUCAAUCUGAUCAAGAACGGUCUGCAACCGCAUUGUUAAGACUGCAAAGCCGUUCCGGACGGUGGUUCUGGGUGCACUGCGUUUUACAAGUCAAAGAUACUUCCGAAGAAUGUCAACAUCCUAUCAUUGUGUGCACGAAUCAAGUUUUGAGUGACAGAGAAGCGGAGGUAAUGCGUUCAAGUUCUUGGCUGUACCAGUACUCGUCUCAAACAAAAUUCACCUACACGAUCUGCUCGGGCAGCCAAAACCGCAGUGUGCCAUACGCAACAGGGAGCCAAAACAAUCAGCAACAAGAUUACGCUCGAUCGUUGUCCCACGCUCACAACAACGAUACUCAACAUUCACCUGGUAUACAAAAUACCGACCAAGAUCAGCAUAAUUCGUCAAAGUCGCAGCUGAAAGAUUAUGCGACGCGAAAUCCGCGAGAGGACGCGGAACCGGUGGACAUGUCGAUCAGCAGUAGCGAGCACGAGAACAGAAACGUGCACGUGAACGUGCAACACGGCCAUUACGCGCUCGGUCAAUUUACCGACAGGUAUAAAACCCAUCAAAAGAAUUCGUUGAAUCUGAGCAGUUAUCGGGCGAAAUUCAUCCAAUGUCACGGUCAAUACAACGUGGACGUGUUAUCGCCCAAGUAUUAUAUCACGGACUUAGAUAAGGAGUAUUGUUGCAACGAGAGGAGCAGCAGCCAUAAGCGACUUCCGGGUAAAGCGUUAUCGGCGUCUACUACAACUGGAUCAACGGCUGAUCCGUCUGAUCUGCCGAUGGAACACUGGAACUCGAGUCCAGUAUGGUCGGACACGUUGCAAAGGGUACCGGACGUUGUUCAUCAGGAGCUCAGCCCUUACGUAGCGACGCCAACGACACCUGUCGACACGCCGGACUCCGAGCUACAUCCGGAAACGCCGAUUUUUAAUUUCGACUGGGCGGCCGAGCAGCACGUGCCCAAUCUGAAGAUCACGUUUCGUAGUUCGAAUCAGGGGCCGAGGAAAGUCCAGGACGUUCAGCCAAUCACAUUGCAGUUACCACGGAAAAAGGGCCAGUCAAUGAAUGACUCUAAAGACUUUCCCAAAUGA